CGUGAGUGGUUCUUGCAGUCAUCGGAGCUAGCUCGGAGUACAGUUUUUCCCCUUUUCUUGAACUGCAUAUUGGCUUUCAGUUAUGACUACUCCAGCAAGAAGUGCACCGCCACCGCCAAAGCCGGUUCCUAAACCAGGUCAGGUCAAAGUUUUCCGGUCCCUGUACAACUACCAGGCCCAACAUAGCGAUGAGCUUACUUUUGAGGAGGGAGAUCUGCUGUAUGUCACAGACAUGUCCAACAAAGAUUGGUACAAGGCUCGAUGUGGCAAGAAGUCUGGGCUGAUCCCAAGCAAUUACAUUGAGCAGAGUGCAGCACAGAUAGACAAUCCUCUCCACGAAGCAUCGAAACGAGGAAAUGUCGACUUCCUGAAAGAGUCGCUUGCAAAUCUUGUGUCCGUUAACGGAUUGGACAAGUCAGGGUCAACUCCUCUUUACUGGGCGUCCCACGGUGGCCACAUUGAGUGCGUCAGUAUUCUCCUGGGUCAGCCCAGGGUGGAGAUCAACACACAGAAUAAGAUCGGGGACACGGCGUUACAUGCAGCCGCUUGGAAGGGUCACCCAGAGGUCGUCAAAAUGUUGCUGGAUAAAGGAGCACGGACAAAUAUUAAGAAUAAUGAAGGAAAGGUAGCUAUAGAUCUUGCCUCCAAAGACCCACAGACUGCUGCACUACUUGCCCCACAUACAACAAGAAUCGAUGAUGAGGAUUACUUGGAUGAUGAGGACAGUGAUUAGAAGCCGUUGAGUCAGAGCCAGUCACCGCCUUACAGCGAUACAGGUGAAGCACCCAUAUCUAUCGUAGUAUAUUACUCUAAAGCGAUGGAACCAGGGGAUGUUAAAGUAGGUGUGUGUGCCCAUUUUGAACAUAUGUCAUCUAUAGGCAGUGUUGAUGCAUUGCAAUUCUUAUUCCAUGUGCCUUAUCGCCUGCCCCUUCCGUGGUCAUAUGUACCACCCACUUCACCCAGCUUAUCCUUGCCUUAGCAUGCCACUUUUUAGAGAUCUUUAUUUGUUAUCAUGAACAUUUAAUCUUCACAGUUCUGCAAAACAGUUUGCACAGAUAUGAAGAGAGAGGUGUAUGUAUUCUACUCCAUUCAACUGAUUUUGGAAUAUUUCACACACGAUAAAGUCUUGGAAACUUUGUUAGCUCAUAUUUAUUUGAAAUGUGAACAUUUGAAUAGGCACAUCCCAGCAUUGAGAUUUGCAAACUGCAUGAGAAAAUUUAAAAGUAGCCAUGUUGAAAGAGGUUCCCAUCAUUUGCAUAUGCUGUACCACCCUCGCUUUUCAAACCCCUGGUUGCAUCUGUGAGAUUAAAAUGCAUUCAAAGAUAUCUCUCUAAUAUAGACAAAUCCGACGGCAGCAAUUUUCUGUGGUGGCGUAGGGCUAACGUGAGUCGCGCUCAGGUAAUACUUGCGCACGUGCCUCGUCUUUAAGAACGCAUGCGCGUGAGCGUGACACCACCGCAGUAAAAGCUUCAAAUUCUGGUCGCUGGAUUCCACUAUAGAGUCAGAGAACAGCUGGCACAGUAGUUCCCAUCUGACCUUUGACAUAGUGUCAGCUCAAAUUGAAUCAUUCAGAGGCACGCACAAAGGCCACUCUAUUCAGCGUGUGCACAUACUUGAAAACUGGCCCAAUCGGAUUACAGAAAAGAUGCGUAGCUACCAAUGAAACGUAAGAAACAGAGAGGUCAUUGUCUGUCCUGACAUUAUGAGGCCAGGUCUGCAGUCUAGUUCAGGUGAUUGUGUUUCAUUGAUAGGUAGUUCCAUUUCACUAGUCCCACUUGUGUAUAUAAUAUAGGGUGUGUUCGAGUAGCUCACCCGGAUCGACUCGGUAAAGGCAGAUGGGUUGGCCACAACAGCAGGGCUAAUCCAACGCUCAACUGCGGGCCCUCACGAUCCUCGGGUGAUGUCCGUAACCGUGGCUGUAGCCACUGACAAACGCCGCCCGUUUCAGAUUAGGUCUUAAUUUGAGAUUUGCUCAUUUUCAGUCAAGUGCAAACCUCAAAAAAGUUGGGCAGGAAUUAUAGCCUUGAAAGUCGCAAUGAAGUCAAGAAAUAAUUAUCUUUAGACUUCAAAUACAGUUGAUUUUUGUGUCCACUUGAGAUUUCCGCUGUCCGGCCGCCAUAUUUGUCCGUUUCUUGGAACGAACAAUGCAUGCGUGUGAUGUAUUUCCACCACUGACUCUGCUCCACAAGCAGGGUCUGUGGUGGCUGACCUCGGUGAGCCCCGAGAAUGACGUCAAGAGCUAAUCGAACGGCACAGGGCUGACCAAAGUCGAUCCGGGUGAGCUACUCGAACGCACCCAUAAAGAGGUGGCAUACAGGCCUCUCAACAAAUUGAAGACUGCUCUCAAAGGUUGUAGCUUGUGUACCAGUGUAUACCUUGGUGCACUGUUUGCACUACUAACUUACACUUGAGACAUCAACUUCAAUUUUAGAAUAAGUCAGGCAUUGGCGUUGAAGUGCCAACACGUCAGUGCCAGUAACUUUCAUGUUUUGGACACUAGAGGGCCAAUGAGGAAUGCUAUUAAAUUAAUGAAUAUUGUUUCACUUCUAUAAUCAAAAACCUCAUGGUGAAAAUAAAAGUUUCCUAUGAGAAGGGGCAGGUGUAUGCAUAUAAACAAUCUCAAGCCAAAAGGCUCAACUCAUGAAGCUGUUUCACAUGAAAGUAGGGUGAACACAAAAAAACUGAUAAUCGUAUUCUAGCGGGCCGACUGUAUGUUUGAGUUUGAAUGGUUCGGUGCAUGUUAGAAUAAUGUAUAUACCAUUAUGGAAUGACUAUCUGGUAUCUGGUUGAAUAUAAAAGAAAGACCAAAAUAUCUAUAAUGUACAAUUAUAUUUUGAUAACUUUCCUUGUUCUUCCAAACUAUCUUGCUCUUUUUUCUAAAUUAGAUUGACAGCAAGAAGAAACUUCUAUCUUGAAAUAAAUCUAUUUUCUGCAGCAGUUUAUCAAUGAAGUUUAUGUAAACGAUAUGUCUAAAAAUAUUCUGUAAUUCUUCAUAUUGUUUUUUUUUUUUACAGUGGAGCAUUUUUUGAAUGUACAUAAUUGGCAUUGGUAUAUAUGUACUUAUGUUAAUUGAAAGUGAAAUAUUCUUGGUGUCUUUCAAAUCAACUUAACAAACUGAGAAACAUAACAUGUAAAAAUACUUCUUAUCCAAUUCUGUAAAGGUUGUAUGCUUGUCAAUUUGAGUAUUGUAACUCAACACAUGGGCAGCUGCUGGAUUUGAAAUGUGAGGGGUUCGAAUCCAAUGGUGGGCUGUGUCCUUGCGCAAGGCACGUUACAGCCACCUACUGAAGUUCCUCCAUCCAAGAGUGUAAAUACUUACUUGUGUCAUAACAAUGGACUCAGAAA